AUGUCACAUAUACGCACAAGCAACUCCGUCGACCACCAUUCUACCGGUUCAUCGCGCGAAUCAGACUCCAUCACCGACGACGAUAGCUCCCAGGGCUCAUACGACUCUCCCUCGCAAAGUUGGGGCGAGGACUACGGCGAUCUCGAACCUUCCGACUCAGCCUCGGCCAGCGGCGAAUACCAACACCACCACGAUCACCAGCGCAGAGCACCUGUCCGGACCGCCUCGCGCAAACACUCGCGUACCCAGCGUCAACAACAAAGCAUCCCAUACCGGACAGUCCAGGCACCGCCACAACCAGCCAUGAGCACGGAACCGUCCGAAGAGUACGCCACGUAUAGGACUCGUGGCUACCCCCAGCAGGGCACCAAUGGGUACUAUGCGCACCACGCGCAGAGUCACGUCGGCGGAUUCACGCCUCCCUAUGGCGGCAGCCGUGGACAAGUGGUCCAGUACGGCAAUUACCAGAACCCCUUCACAAGUGGCCCAGCUUAUUACAACGAGCGCCCGGCAGGCUAUGACAUGGUCCCCUACCAAAACAACUUCUUUGGCGCCGGACAAUACGGCGUGCCGAUGCCCCCGUAUAUGUACAACGCGCCUCCUCCGCCACCCACCGAGGCGCCAGGCCAGUCACACACCCCAGCACCCGCAGAAAAGAAGCCUGAUCCAGAAGUGGAACGGAUGAAGCAACAGCUUGAAAUUCUCCAAUUGGAGAAGAAGGCUAAGGAAGAGGAGAUCAAGCAGAAGCAACUACAGGAUCAGAUGCGGCAGGCGGCCGAACUGGAGUUUGAGCGCCGCAUGGAGCGCGCCCGCAAAGAGGCGGACGAGCAGAAAAAGGAGCUUGACAAGGCCAAGGCCGACGCCGAGCGGGAUGCUCGUGAGCGCAUGGAGGCCGAACGAAAAGCCGACGCGGAGAAGAAAGCACAACAAGAACAGGCCAUCGCUCGCAUCGAGGCGGAGGCCCGUGCCAAAUUUGAAAAGGAACGCCGCGACGAGGAAGAACGGGUCAAGAGAGACGCCGAGAUUGCUGCCGCCGCCGAAGCUGCUCUGAAAGCCAAGAUGGAGGCGGCCGAGGCUGCAGCCAGAGCAAAGGCGGCCGCCGACUUCAAGGCGGAGAUCGAGGCGAAAGAAGCCGCCGAAAAGAAGGUGAAGGAGGAGAUAGAAUGGCGCAAAAAGCUCGAGGAGGAAGCCAAGCUCAAGGCAGAGAUCGAAGCGCGGACGAAGCUAGAGGAAGAGAGAAAGAAGGCCGAGGAGGCCAAGGAAGCAGAGGAAGAAAAGAAGAAGGAACACAAAGCGCUGGUCGCCAAACUCUCUGAGGAGGCCAAAGUCAAGCUGGAAGAGGAAAAGAAAAAGGCAGAGAAACUGCCAAUCAAGUUUAAGGACGCUGUUGGGCGCAAGUUCCAGUUCCCCUUCAACCUCUGCCAGACAUGGGCCGGGAUGGAAGACCUUAUCAAGCAGGCCUUUGUUCAAGUCGAAGCCAUCGGCCCACAUGUGUUGGAGGGACACUACGACCUAAUCGGGCCCAACGGAGAGAUUAUCUUGCCUUCUAUAUGGGAGAAGGUUGUCGAACCCGAUUGGUCGGUAACUAUGCACAUGUGGCCGAUGGACAAGACACCGCCACUGCGGAACGGCAUACACAUGAACGGCGCGCACAUGCCAGGCCACUUCCCGGGCGGGGCCAUCCCCGUGGGCGGUGUCCGCGGCCACCACCCUAUGCAUGGUAUGCCCCACGGGCGCGGUAUGCCCGUGCCCGGGCGGCCGGGUAUACCGCAACCAGGCACCGGUGCGCCGCGGCCGUGGGCCGGCAUGAUGCCCGGCAUGAUGCGACCUGGUCCAGGCGCCGUGCGCAUGGGUGUACCGAAUGUAGUCGAUGGCGAUCCUAUCCGGCACGAAAAGAAAAAGAGCAGCAAUGGAAAGCAUGCGGGCACGAGUUUCCUCCAGUUCAUGGGCGGCAAGCCACCCAAGGCGGGCAGGAAUAACACACAUGCCUCCCAGGCGGAAAUGAUCAACGAAGAUAAGAACAACAACACGAUGAUCCUACGACUCAUGAACGUCUGA